GGUAGAAGCCGCAGGGGAGGAAGGGGUGGGCAGGAGAAGCCGCUGGUGACAAUUACGUCUGGGUCCAAGCAAACAUGAGGCAGCUGCCAGUCGGCCUGGGCAGUCUUGUCUGCCUCAGCUGGGAAGUGGGGAGGCUGGCAACAGUUUCCUUCAGCGCCCAAGAUGCAGCCGGCUAAGGAGGUGACAAAGGCAUCGGAUGGCAGCCUCCUGGGGGACCCCGGGCACACACCUCUUAGCAAGAAGGAGGGUGUCAAGUGGCAGAGGCCGAGGCUCAGCCGCCAGGCCUUGAUGAGAUGCUGCCUGGUCAAGUGGAUCCUGUCCAGCACAGCCCCACAGGGCUCAGAUAGCAGCGACAGUGAGCUGGAGCUAUCCACGGUGCGCCACCAGCCAGAGGGGCUGGACGAACUGCAGGCCCAAACUAAGUUCACCAAGAAGGAGCUGCAGUCCCUCUACAGGGGCUUCAAGAACGAGUGUCCCACGGGCCUGGUGGAUGAAGACACCUUCAAACUCAUUUACUCACAGUUCUUCCCUCAGGGAGAUGCCACCACCUAUGCACACUUCCUCUUCAACGCCUUCGACACCGAUGGGAACGGGGCCAUCCACUUUGAGGACUUUGUGGUUGGCCUCUCCAUCCUGCUUCGGGGCACAGUCCACGAGAAGCUCAAGUGGGCCUUUAAUCUCUACGACAUUAACAAGGAUGGCUACAUCACCAAAGAGGAGAUGCUGGCCAUCAUGAAGUCCAUCUAUGACAUGAUGGGCCGACACACCUACCCCAUUCUGCGGGAGGAUGCGCCAGCAGAGCAUGUGGAAAGGUUCUUCCAGAAAAUGGACCGGAACAAGGAUGGGGUGGUGACCAUUGAAGAAUUCCUGGAGACCUGUCAGAAGGAUGAGAACAUCAUGAGCUCCAUGCAGCUGUUUGAGAAUGUCAUCUAGGACGUGUCAGGAUGGGUGCAUGGCCAUGGCCACCUCCACCCCCAAGAAACCUCCAUCCUGCCAGGAGCAGCCUCUGAGAAACUUUUAAAAAAUAGAUUUGCAAAAAGUGAACAGAUUACUACACACACACACACACACACACACACACACACACAGCCAUUCAUCUGGGCUGGCAGAGGGGGACAGAGGUCAGGGAGGGGCUAAGUCUGGAGCCCUUCCUGGAGUCCAAGUCCAGGAGCCCCGGCCAGCCCUCCCCAGACCAGCGAGCCGAGGCUGCCUCUUGGUGAGUGGCUGACAGAGCAGGUGUGCAGGUCACCAGCCACUGGAUGUCACCAGGAAGGGACUCAAGCACCCCUGCAAGGGAGGGCCCCUUCUCCAGUGUGAGCCCACCUCGCCCCAUUCUCCACUCUGCUUUCUUGCCACACAGUGGGCCAGCUCCGGGCCCCCCAGCCUCCUCCCCACAGCCACUCCCUGCCUACAACCUACGCUUCUAGAAAGCCUCAGGACCCUGGAGGGCCAGCUGAGGGGCAGGAGAGACGGGGGUGAUGGAGGCUGAGCCUGCAGCUUUCUGAAAAUGCUUCCCUGGGGGCAGGCUACCCACUCUGGGGCAAGCUUGGGUGGUGAGGGGCCACUGGGCCCCAUUCUCUCUCCGUUGCAGGAAGGCAGGAGUUUGAAGCUUAGGGACUGGGUCUUAGUGGAGAAUCUGAGGGCACUCUGCCCACUCCACAGGGUGGGAUGAGCCUCUCCUUGCCCCAGUCCUGGUUCAAUGGGAAUGUGGUGGGUGGGGAUGUACACACCCUCCAGCACAAACUGUUCCCUCCAAGGUCCUCUUAGGUCCCGGGAGGAGGCACGUGGUUCAGGAACUGGCUGCCAGGGAGCCCAGGGCAGAGCUCAGAGGGGCCUGGAAAGGGGCACCUCCCUCCUCUUCCUGCAGCACCCCUCCCAUGGCCCAGCGGCUUGGCUGAGCCCCACUCCUGAAGCAGUGUCACCGUCCCUCUGCCCAGGCUUGCCCCAGCCUUGCACAAAAAGCACAAGCACCCUUAACAGCUCAGGCAAAGCCCCAGUGGGAGCCAAGCACACUGCUUCUCAGAGUCAGGCCCUCUUGCUGGCUGAGGCUUGGGCCCAGUAGCCUCAAUACAGUGGCCCUAGGGAGGACGCAUGGGGGGGUCUGCCCUGUGCCUGACAGCACUGGGGCCCCAAAGCCCAGCCUUAGCCCAGCCUGGCCGAGCAACAUUCAAAAGCACAAAGUUUCGGGACUCUGCUUGGCUGUCCCCUCCAUCUGGGGACGGAGGAUGCCAGCCCAAAGCUGGAGCCAGUGGUAACGGCUGAGGAGCCUGCAGCUGGGGGAUCAGCAGAAGCCCUCCUGCUCCCUCCUGCUGGGGCCUCGAGGAGAAGGAACCUGGUCCCAGGUGGCACGGCCCCUCCAGGAACAUUCCCACAUAAUACAUUCCAUCGGCAGCCAUCCCAGCUCCACUCAGGCCUGGCCCCAGGUGCCCCAGGAGGCUAGCCCCAGAGUGAGCAGACCCUCAGAGGAAAGGUGGUAUGGUGGAGGCUGUGGGAGCCCCUCGGCAUUCACGCACAGCCUGGCCUCGCCCAUGGAGCUGCACUGACGCCAGGCUCCAGGCCCACUGGGAGCCUCUGCCUCCAGGAGGGCAUGAGCUUUCCCUGGCUCAGGGAUCUCCUCCCUCCCCUCACCCCUUGCCCAGCCCUCCCAGCUUCUAGGGCCAAGGCCUCAGGAGAGUGCCACCACCACACUCCUGCCAGUCUGGAGCCAGACUGGCUGUGCGGCCCAACCAGGAGGAGCUUCCCACACUGGGACACAGACCAGCCGCAUGUCUGCAUGGCAGAAGCGUCUCCCUUGGCCAUGGCCUGGGAGGGUGGUUCCUGUUCUCAGCAUCCACUAGUAUUCAGUCCUGUAUAUUUUAAUAAAAUAAACUUGACAAAGGAAA